CGGCCCGGCCCUGAGCCCGCGGCGGGGCGGGUGCGGGGGGGAUGCGCGGCCCGCGGCAGCGGUUGCCGGCGCUGCCCGCGCUGCUCUGGCUGGCGCUGACUCCGCUGCCCGGCGCGCCCGGCCCCGCGGCCAGGGCAGAGCUGCGGGUGCGGGUGCGGUUGCCCGGCGGGCAGGUGACGGAGGAAAGCCUGCAGGCUGACAGCGGCUCCGACUGCAUCAGCCUGGAGCUCCGCACGGCCGACGGCGCCCUCGUCACUCUCACCGCCGACUUCAGACAGGAAGUGAAGAUCUUCCGUGCCUUAAUCCUGGGGGAGCUGGAGAGGGGCCAGAGCCAGUUCCAAGCACUCUGCUUCAUCACAAGGCUUCACCGCAACGAGAUCAUCCCCAGCGAGUCGAUGGCAAAGCUGCGGCAGAAAAACCCCAGGACAGUGAGGCAGGCUGAGGAGGUGAGGGGCCUGGAGCAUCUCAGCAUGGAUGUAGCUGUCAACUUCAGCAAGGGGGCCCAGCUGAGCUCCCACAUCCACAAUGUCUGUGCAGAGGCCAAAGAAGCAAUUUACACCCGAGAAGAAGAUGUCAAAUUUUGGCUGGAGAAAGGGGUGGAUGGCUCCAUGUUCGAGGUGCUGCCCCAGAGCUCUGAUCUGCCUGACCUGCAGCGCUGCAGGCUGUGUGCAGACCGCUGGAAGCCCUGCAUCUGCAGCUACUCCCUCAGCAUCGAGUGGUACCCCUGCAUGCUGAAGUACUGCAAGAGCAGGGAUGCUGCAGGCAAGGUUUCAUCUUACAAAUGUGGCAUCCGCAGCUGCCAGAAGGGCUACACCUUCGAUUACUACGUGCCACAGAAGCAGCUGUGCCUCUGGGAUGAGGAGACUUAGCAGAGCCAGGCCAGACCUCCCCAAGGGGCAGCUCAGCUGCCUCCUGCCACCAGUCAUCAUCCCAAGGGCCUCCUGGAGGUGGCUGCUCCAAAGAAGGAAUAUGGUUCACAGCAGUGCCUGGGCCCAGGAGAGCUCUGUGUGUGUGUGCGUGCCUUUCCUUCUGGUCCCCUGUUACUCCCUCCUCACCUCACACUGCCUCAUCCUGGGAUAAGUGUGCUCAGCUCACUGUGUGAUGCUCUCCUGCUGGGAGAUCCAGCUCCCUGGAAGAAGCAGGAGAUGCAGGUUUCUGGGGUGAAGCACUGGGAGGGAUGUGGUUUUGCCCUGCUCUGGAGUUAGCAGAUGUGAAAAGGGGGCAGCUCUGAUCACUUACCUGCCUCGGGCAUCCUGAUGAGUGGUCAGGGUAGGGAGAGAAAUAAUCUUGGUGACCCAAGCAUCUCUGCCACUGAAGAAGCCCUUUCACUGACUUCACCUCCUGGUGACACAACAGCAUUUCCCAAUGGGAAAACAGCUGAUUUAUGGGACCACAUACCCUGAACAAGGAAGGUAUGAAGCCUACCCAAAGCAAAAGCCUGCCUAGUUUUCUAGUGUCCCACUGACUUACAUCCUUCCUGUGGCUAGAAGAUAUUACUGGGGGUUAUAGCCCAGCAAUGACUUUUGCCCACCAAGGGCUCUAAUUAAUCCCUGUUUUAAAUUAGUGAAGGCCCAACUUUUUGUGUUGAUUGGUCCUGUGACUCUCCCAGUAAAAAAGAAACAUCCAGAAGCUUUUGAGUCCCAGGGUAACAUUGGGUGUAAGGGGAGGGGAUGAUCCAAGGUAGGUGGGCACUGUUGUAUUGAAGAAGACAACAUUAUGUCCAGUUUUGUGUCUUACUCUGCCAGCUACUCACAAGAAGCUCUUAGAUACUUGUACUGCUUUGCUGUGCCUUGGUUUCCCCUAUAUGUAAGCCAGGGGAAGCUGACUUUAGUCCUGGCAUAUAUCUGGAGGGCAUCAGACAAAAAGCACUGCAGGAGUCCUGCCUGGUUCCUGUGUCCUCUUCCUCUCAAGUUAGAACAAGCAGGGAGGGGAGAGAGGCUGUUGGGGUCCUUGUGAACCCCUGUACCUCCUGGUGAAAAGCCUUCACAAUGUGCCUUUUUGCCCAAAAAUACAGGAAUUUUUUUUGUUGAAAAAGGAGAAAAAAAAAGAAUUUGGUCACAAUUAUUUUUGUAUUGAUCACUUAAGGGGGGAGAAGGGAAAGGUAUUUUAAUAUUGCAACAUGAAGUAAAACACACUUGAAAUGAUUUUUUAAAAAAA